ACGGACAUUUGGACAGUUAUCAACGCUCUCUUAGAGGGUAUGGGACAUGAUAACUCUCCAAAUGUCAGUUUAGCUCUCCUACCGUCAGUGUACUCGGGAUACAGGACACUGGAUGAUGUGAAUGCUAUUCUGGAUUUUGCCAAACUGAAAACGGAUGACUUGCGUACUCGAGUACAAUGUAUUUACUUUUCUGAGCAUCUUGACAAUGAGCGCAUAAAGCUUCUGGAGAUGGACUCUGUCAUUCUUGAUUCUCUCACAGCUCAACAACAAGUUGUGAUACGAGGUGACAAAGAUGAAAAUGCAGUUUUGUGCACCAAUGACAAGACAUUUGAAAUAAAGGAAGCGGAAACAUCAAACUCCAUGUUGAUAAUGACCCAGCUAGAAUACGGAGAUGAACUCACCCCGGGUGAACCACAAGAAAUACAGAUGAGAGAGGUGUGUUCGGUUUUGUACAAAUAUUAUGAACUUCGACCUUGUAAGCCAAAGGUGAAGAAGCUGAAAAAGCUGUUAGAACAAAAUGAGUUCAGUGGGAAAGAGUGCGAGGAGGAUGAGGAACACCAGGGGUCAAAGUUCACAUACACCGAUUUACUGGAUCUGGUGCAGGCCAGUGAAACCGAACUGCAGGUUGCCCUCAAGAAGCUAAAUGCUUGUGUGAUUGAUGGUUAUUGGCGCGUGUUGAAUUUUGACUUCAUGUCUCAAGUUUUAAAUCAUAUUAUUGGACUGUGUGAUGAAAAUGACUGGUAUGACUCUGGGAUUCAGCUUGAUGAAUGUUGUCAGGCUCUAGGAGAGAUCUAUCCCAGAUCUGUUGUACAUCAUGUGGUGAGCAGUUUUUCAAAGCCAAGAACUUCAACUACAGUCGAAGAUGACUCUUCUCAUCAGAAUACAGAUUCAUUAUUUGUUCUAAAUGAAGAUAGCAUCUGCCGCUUCUUUGCAGAAGUGGUUUUGAGGCAAAGUGGCAUGUUUAACCUGGAAGAGUUCCUGAAGGUGUGGCAGCAGUGUGUUCCUGAAUGUAUGAAAACAAGUUUACACCAGAUUGAGGGAAUGGCAUUAAUAAACACAGACACCACACCUCAGGUUAUUUGUUACUUUCCAGUAGAAAACUUACCUGAAGAUAUUCCAGAAAGGUUUAAUUAUCUGUUCAAACGGCGACAGAAGUGGACAUUGGCUGAAAUAACUCCAUACAUAAAAGAUGUGGCCACAGAGAAGACCAAUGUUGGUGCAUUGCUGAUGAAAUACGCCAGAGCCUCUUUGCAGAAUGGUGUUAAAGUGUUCAAUUCUAAGAAGCCAGUCACAUAAUAAACUGUAUUUAUUCUA